UGCCGAAUUGUGGCUCUAAAGCUUUUUGGAAAGAAGUAAAUGUUGGUGCGUUGUCAGAAAAUAAUUUUUUAGGUAGUCCACAUUUAGCAACAAAUCGUCGGAAAGCCAACAAAAAGGAUUGAUUGGUUAGGUCGGGCACUAAAUCGAGAGAGAGAGCACGGGAAGAAAGGCAAACCCAUAGGACUAUCCAAUAUUUUUUGGUGAGUGGCUUCCUUUUUCUCUCGGUUUGGUUUUGGUCAAAUAUUUUUAAAGGGCCGCAGUAAUCAACCCCCACAGAAAGGAAAGGGCGCAAUAAUUCCACUCUUUCGGAAGGUAGUGGCGGGAAGGGAGGUGGGUCAAAUGGUUUGGCAACGAACCGACAGCAAGGUAGACAGGAUUUAUAAAUAACUUGGGACACGAUUUUUCUCCCUUUCGGUAGCCAAUACUUCCUUCUGAUCAUAGAGAGAGUUAAUAGUGGGCUGGAAUGGUGAUUCAAUAGGUGAUAUUCAUAAACAAUUAAUUUAGUAAGGGGGGAAUGGGAUGGAAGGUAAAUUGGUUCAAUCGUAUCAUCGGGAAGGUUACUGUGGCCUAGCCUGCCUUUGGCUCUCAAAAUUCCAUCGUUGUCGAGAAAAAGUCCCAAUGAUUCGUUGUCUUUAUCUGGUGGAGGUAGUAUUUGUUGUUCUUGUUUAAUUAAUAGGGUUUUUGCCAGAUAAAUUUCAAAAUAUGCAGGAAAAAUUCGGUUGUAGUCAAUAUUGAAUUGUUGAGGAAAAAUUUUAGCUUUUGGACAUAAUUUGUGUAUAAAUCGGAGGGAAAAGGCAAAAAUCCGUAAUAAUUUCGGGAGUCUUGAGAUUAAAGAAGGGUCUAUUGU